UUCUCCUGUAUCUGUGUUAAACUUAAAUUCUCUUUGGUAAAUUUCAAGAAAAACAUGGCCGAUUUGAUUUGUAAUCUGAUUUGUAAUGUCGUUUGAUAAUGAAAGAUGAAAACGUGAAGUUUUAGUUAUUACUUGUUUUUCGCUUAAACUGCAGUAAACGAAAUGUUAACCUCUUAUGGUGUUUAAUUGUCUAUUAGACGGCGUAGUUUAUACUGUGGAACUUAAGUAUACGCGUCUUAGUGGACGUCGACUUGGGAUUUCGGUUUCACUAAAUAUUGUAACAGGUAGAUGAGUGGCGUUUAUUUCUGUGCCGAAACGUGAGGUGCGAUGUCUUAUCCGCCUCGUCCGCCGCUCGUGCCCUACGGGCUCGCCCAGGGAGUCGUCACCAUGCCCAUGCCGACUCACGUAAUGGUGGGUGCAUACGGCGCGGGCGGUGCGGUCGGCGGGCGCUCCGCCCUCCUGCCGGCGCCGCCGCCGCCGCCGCCCGCCAAGCCCGCCCACCGGCAGCGCCCCUCCAACGGAGCCAAGGAAACCGAUGGCCCACCGGUCACCGUGUUCAUAGGCAACAUCUCCAGCCGCGCGCCGGACAGCAUGGUGCGCGCGGCGCUGGGCGCGUGCGGCGCGGUGGUGAGCUGGAAGCGCGUGAGCACGUUCGGCUUCUGCGAGUUCGCGGGCCCCGAGGCGGCGCUGCGCUGCGUGCGCCUGCUGCACGAGCGCGCGCUGGCCGACAAGCCGCUGCUGGCGCGCACGGACGGCAAGAUGCAGGCGCUCGUGGACACCUACAAGACGGAGCAGCGCUCGCGGCUGGCGCACGACGCGGCGCCGGGCACGGAGGCCGACGGCUACCUGGACGCCGCGCAGCGAGCCGCCGACGCCGCGGCCGAGCGCCGGCUGCAGCAGCUGUACCGCGACUACCAGGAGGACAUCAACAACUACGAGCUGCUGCAGAAAGAGGAGGCCAUCUCCAAGACGGCGCGCGUGCUGGAGGAGGCGGACAUCUCGGAGGAGAAGCGUGACGUCAUCCACCGCGAGAUUGGCAAGUUCCGAGAGAGCAUGAAGGAGGAGGCCGACGUGGUGGUGCGCCGCAAGCGCGACCCCAAGGACGACAAGCCCGAGCGUGACAGGGACAAGGAGCGGGACCGCGACAAGGAGCGCGACAAGGAGAAAGAGCGCGAUCGGGACCGAGACAAGGAGCGGGACAAGGAGCGGGACAAGGACCGGGACAAGGACCGGGACAAGGACCGGGAAAAGGACCGGGACAAGGAGCGGGACAAGGAGCGGGACAAGGAGCGUGACAGGGAGCGCGAUAGAGAUAAAGAUCGCCGACGCGGUAGUCCUUCCAGGACCCGGGAGCGGCGCGAGGAGCGCGACAAGGAGCGUGAACGCGAGCGCGAGGAGCGGGACCGGGAGCGCGAGCGUGAGCGGGAGCGCGAGCGGGAGCGGGAGCGCGAGCGGGAGCGAGAGAGGGAAGUGCGAGAGCGGGAGAGAGAGCGCGAGGUGCGCGAGCGGGAGAGAGAGCGGGAGCGCGAGAGGGAGCGAGAGCGCGAGCGCGACCACGAGCGCUCCCGCGAGCGCGACCGCGACCGCGAGCGCUCUCGCGGCCGCAGCGAGGCGGACGCCAAGCGGGAGAAGGAGGUGGAGGAGGAGGCGCGCGACAAGAAGCGGCUCGAGAAGAAGGCGCGCGAGAAGGAGGCCGCCUACCAGGAGAGGCUGCGCAACUGGGAGAGCCGCGAGCGGCGCAAGGGCAAGGAGUACGAGCGCGAGCGCGAGCGGGAGCGCUGCCGCGAGGAGGAGCGCGAGCGCGAGGCCAAGCGGCUCAAGCAGUUCCUGGAGGACUACGACGACGAGCGCGACGACCACAAGUACUACAAGGGCAAGGAGCUGCAGCGGCGGCUGGGCGCGCGCGUGCGCGAGGCGGAGGCCGACGCGCGCGAGCGCCAGCGCGAGCAGGACGAGCUGGACCAGCUGCGCAAGGCCGUGUUCGGCUCGCGCGCGGCCGACGACCCGGCGGCGCACGCGGACUACGAGCGCGCGCGGCGCCAGCGCGACGAGCUGUACCGGCCGCGCCUGCUGCUCGACGUCACGCUGGCCGGCGACCUGCAGCACGAGAAGGAGCUGCAGCGCGCGCGCCAGCGCGAGGACGCGCGCCGCGAGGCGCGCGAGCGGCUGGCGCGCGAGCGCGAGCGCUACCUGCGCGCGCAGGCCACGCGCGAGCUGCCCACGGAGGCCGAGCCCAUCGACUCGGAUGACAGCGGCGGCGCGGAGGCGAGCGCGGCCGUGGCGCCGGAGGCCGGCUCGCCCGCCGACUCGCCCGCGGGCUCGCCCGACGGCUCGCUCACGCCGCCCGCGCCCUCGCCGCGCCGCAAGCACCGCAGGCACCGCCACCGCGCCGCGCCCGCCACGCCGCCGCCCGCGCGCCUCUACCACUCAGGAGGUAGAGUGUUGGACUACACCUCGCACACCAGUGAAGGCGGGAGCACCCCACCCAGGCCGCCCUCCGAGGAGCGCUACCAUGUGAGAACGGGCGGCGUGGCGGGCGCCGGCAGCGCGGGCAGCUCGCCCAUCAGCAUCAGCUUCCGCCACGCCCACCCGCCGCCGCCCGCUCCCGGCGCCGCGCCCAGAGAGCGGCGCGGCGUGCACGCGGCCUUCGCGGACGACGACGACGAGCCGCACGCGCCGCACGCGCCGCCCGCGCACCACGCGCACCACACGCACGCGCACCACCGCGGUGAGCCACCACCACCGCUGCUGGACAGAGGUAAAGACAAAAAAGACAAAGACAAGAGUAAAAGAACCGACGGCGGCGAUCGCUCGGAGAAGGGGGAGAAGGGGGAGAGGGGGGAGAAGGGGGACAAGAGCGAGAAGGGAGACAAGGGGGAGAAGGAGAGCAAGUGCGCGGAGGAGAAGCGCAAGCACAUCAAGAGCCUCAUCGACAAGAUCCCCACGCAGAAGGAGCAGUUGUUCCAGUACCAGCUCGACACCGACCAGAUCGACAACGUGUUGAUGGAGAAGAAGAUCCGGCCGUGGAUCAACAAGAAGAUCAUCGAGUACAUCGGCGAGCCCGAGCCCACGCUCGUGGACUUCAUCUGCAGCAAGGUGCUGGCCGGCUCCGCGCCGCAGGGCAUCCUGGACGACGUGCAGAUGGUGCUGGACGAGGAGGCGGAGGUGUUCGUGGUGAAGAUGUGGCGCCUGCUCAUCUACGAGCUGGAGGCCAAGCGCGCCGGCCUGCACAAGUAGCUACACCCGCGCGACACCCGCGCGACACCCGCGCGACACCCGCGCGACGACCGCGCGACACCCGCGUUACGUACACGCAGCGUCUGCGCUAGCUGUGAACACAAGCCCUAAACAUUCCUAACACUGUCGGCCACAGCGUGCUGGACUGAACCCGCCCUCUCGACACAGAAUGAGUCUUUCCAUUGAAUAGUCAACAAAAAUAUAAUAAAAAAAAAAACAAUAAAGCUUCAGAAAUUUAAAUAUGAAGCGAAGUUAUUCCAUAAAGAUACUAAAUACCUAAAGCGUUCUAAAUGUUAAUUUUCAACUGCUAAUAAUCGUAAAAUUGGCCUUCAUUCGAAUAUUGCUAAGCGUAGCUUAAUAUGCAUAAAGAACUAAUAAAAUUCCAUGCAGAUGUUGUGAAUCAAUGCAAGGGUUUUCAGAAGAAUAGCUCGUUAAACAUCAUUGUUUUCCUUAUAUAUUACAGUUUGCUGUCUCAUGUAGCUGGCCAUGCAAUAAAUGUAUUAAAAAUGUUGCUACGCGGACCUUUUCAUAACUGACCUGCUAUUUUCCCAGCAUAAGUCCGGGGCUUUAAAUUUGCGCACGGCUCCAAAUCUGUCAUAUUUAAAAAAUCUGAUUCAUGCUGUUCAAGACGGGUUCAAAGAUUGAAUACGUUCAUACGAGUUAAAGCAAGUCCCAAUAUUUCCAAACUGAUUUCUAAGUGUACGCUGUUCACAGGAAGCGCAGAUACAAGAAAUAUUACGCUUAAGUUUUUUAAUAUUUUCCGUACAUUUGCUCGCAGAACGUCACCGGUGUAAAUUACACUAUUACAGUGUGGCUGUGCGAUUAUAAUAUUACCGCACAAGUUGCACAAUCUUCCUGAAAAGUAUGUCUAUUAACCAAUAAACCUCGUAGGAGGGUAAUAUUCGGAGACUUUUACGUUCGAAUGUAUUGGAAAACGAGCGCAUUGAUAAUUAAACUCUGGCGCUAUUAGAAACCCUCGCCUACGGCUUGGAUAUUUUGACGAUGUGGGAGCUGCGGCGUUCUAUUCCCGGUUCGGGUGAGCUUGGGAAUUUAUAAUUUUAAAUUGGGUCAGGUCUUGUGGAGGUUGCCGCUAGCUCGAGUUAGCUUAGCUAGACAAAGUCUUGCCGUCAAGCGUUUCAGCGUACCGGUACGAUGGUCUCUAGAAACCGAUUGGGGUAACAAGUCGCCGGACCCCUUCCAAUUUCAUAAGCUUAUAGGCGAUAUCUCCUUGAUUGGGCUCGAUUGCAAGAGAUCUAAUAGUCGCUUGAGUCUUCGUGCAAGACAGUUCACGUCGCCACACCCGAGUUCAAGCGAAUCCCUCACCAGCUAACCACAGAUGAACCUGUCAUCUGCGCCCUGAUUUUAAUUGUCAACUAGCGCACUUGUAUGAUAAUGUACUAUUUAGUAUUUACACAGUUUAUAAUGAUUUUUGAUAAAUUCCGAAAUGUAAAUGCUCUUCGUACCACUAUGUAUAGUAAGUAACAAACACUACGUACGUACAUAAGAUGUUAAACUGUAGAGACGCGCGAGGUCACCUCUGUAAAGCUUGAGUUAAGUUAAAUGUUAAGACUAAUGUAGACGAAAGCCAUUUUGUAAUGUUUCUAUUCCUUUACGGGUGACAUCACGCAAGUUGGUCAUGACGUCUGUCCCCUAUUAUGAGGUAUUAUUAUUAAAAUUUAUUUUUUGUCAGUCUCAUACCGCCCUACUAACAAAGGGCUGAUAAUGUUUUAGAACCGUUUGAAGACAGACAGACAAGGCGUUCGCACUUACAACAUUUAUCUUAUAACGUUAAUAAUAAAAAAAAAUCUAUGUACAAGAAUUAAAAAUUAAAUGUCCGAGUGUAAGAUCUUCACCGCCAACAUUUCCAACUUUCGUGACGUGCACUGUACUAAUUUUGUUAUGUAUAAACAGUUCAAUGCCAACAACUAAAUAUCUGGAUUGCGACUGAGUUUCAGUUAUACCAGUGAGAUGUUGUUCUAGAGCUAUAUGCCUCAUAUUGUGGUAGACGUCAAAAGUUACUAUAAUCUAAUAAAUAUUUUCAAUUAAAAUUU